AUAAAUGGUCUUUCAUGAUCAUAUGUCAAAACUAUUAUUCUUCCAACGAACACCAUGGAAACCUCCCAACCUCUCACCAUAGAAAGCUUCUCCUACUCUUGGUUAAUCAAUCAAAAUCCUUCCCUCGACGAGAUCUUCAACAACACCGACGAACACUACAGUAAACAAGAAAGCACAGACUCCUUUGUUAAUUCACAAAGAUUCCACGAAGAAUCCCAAAAUUUUCAUUUUGAUCUUCCAUUUUCUAUCCCAAAUCUUGUACAUGCCGAUGAAAUCUUUUUCAAUGGACAUAUCAUUCCUAGAUCUGUCAGUCAGAUAAGGCUAUACUCGACUCCUGCUACACCUCUAGUUCACUUUCCACCCAAGAAUCCUUCAAAAAUUACAAAAAGUUACAGUCAACUUAUAGCGAAUUUGCGAGUAUCUUCAAAAAGGAUACUUGAAAAGUGUUUUAGCUUGCUUUUACCACGAAAAAGUACAAGAAUUGUGGACAGUUCGACAAAUCCGGUUUGUUUGCCAUCUUUUGUGCUUACAAAUGAGCGAACGAACAAGAGAAUCGAAGGUGACAAGACCACAUUCCGAAGAACGAAGAGUUGGAGUCACAACUCAUCAUACGGAUCUCGUUUUUCGUGUUCGAAAAACAAAUUGUGUGAUUACAAUGAAACAUCAGUUCACGAGGCCAUUGUUCAUUGCAAAAGAUCAUUUGAAAAGUGA